UACCAUGCAUGCAAACAUGCUAGUGACAGAAACAUAGAUUGGGUCGUUUAAAGCGCAGCACAGCAACAGAGUGUUGGUCGCCUGACUUCCUCAAGUUAAACUAGCGCAGACAGCUAACUAAGCGUGAGUGAAAACCAGUUCAACCAGCGAAGGACCAUUUUGAAGGCUGUCAUGUUGUGUGCGACCAACAGUAUUUCAGGGAAGGCGGGACUACAGGUCACACUACCUUGCUGGUUGGAAGUUCCAACAGUGUAAUGUGACACUGUGAUGAACUUGUUUAUGAAACACACUUGACGAUAGUCGGCCUGAGAGUAACAGCGAGAGAGUUACCGCAGGUUUCUGUUGAUUCAAUUGCGUUGACUGGACAUACACACACGUGGAUUUAACCUGGGAAGAGGAUUUUGAAGCCCUUAACAUGCUAUGGGUCAGGCAUUGUGGAGGCUGCCUCCCAGACAACAGCAGCAGCUUCAGGAAGAGCUAGCUGACCGACUGGCUGACCAGGGAAGAAGACAAGAGCAAGGAGAGUAUGGAGGUCCCCAGAGGAGAGCUCCUCCGCAAUUUUACGGUCCUGACAUCUACCAUCUGCUGAGGACAUGCAGGGGAGUUCAUGAGCAGCGUGGUUUUAGAGAUUUGGAGAUGCUGCCACCUGAAUUAGGCAUCACCAUACUGUCAUACUUGAAUGCUACUGAUCUGUGCCUGGCUGGCUGUGUAUGGCAGGGCCUGGGAAAGGACGAGUAUCUAUGGCAGGGACUUUGUAAGUCCACGUGGGGACACUGCUCCAUAUACAACAGAAGACUAUCGGGUGGUUACUCAUACAGAAGACUAUACCUACAACUAGAUGAAGGCAGCCUAACGUUCAAUGCCAACCCAGAGGAGGGUAUCAGUUAUUUUAUGUCUAAAGGUAUACUACGUGACCACCCAACCGAGCUGGCUAAGUUCAUCUUCUACACCAGACGGCUCAACUGGAAGAUGCUAAGAGUUUAUCUGGAUGAGAGGCGAGAUGUCCUGGACGAGUUGGUGACCCUCCAUAAUUUCAGUAACCAGUUCCUCCCCAAUGCUCUCCGGGAUUUCUUCAGACACAUCCAUGCACCAGAGGAAAGAGGAGAAUAUCUGGAAACCCUCAUCACGAAGUUCAGCCACAGAUUUUGUACCUGUAAUCCAGUUCUUAUCCGAGAACUGGGACUCAGCCCUGAUGCUGUCUAUGUGCUGUGCUACAGUCUGAUCCUGCUGUCCAUCGACCUGACCAGCCCCCAUGUCAAAAACAAAAUGUCAAAGAGGGAGUUUAUCAGGAACACUCGCCGAGCAGCACAUAAUGUCUCAGAUGACUUUGCUGGCCACCUCUAUGACAAUAUAUAUCUGAUUGGCCAUGUGGCUGCAUAGCUGCACCAACCAGCGGACCAGUAUACAUUCUCAUACUGCACUGAAUCACAGGAAGUGGUGAUUAGGACCCUAUACAUGUCUGGAGCACUGUGGAACUGGAAGAACAUGUCCUUUGAAAAAUGUAACAAUAAAUAAAUCUUAUUUAAAUAUUAGUAAAACAAAGAAAAUGAUCUGCUACACUGUGAGACUAUGACUGUGCUACCAAAUAUUAGUGAUGUUAUUAGCGUAAAAUUACAGGUGUGACAUCAUCUAAUGUCUUUAAAAGUCAAGAAUGAGGCCGUUUUAAGAGGACGAACUAUGAUACUGCACUGACACAUGGGGACUAAGGAUGGUGAAGGGUCUAGGAGGAAGGGGAGAACUUCCCUUCCGCUGGUCACAGAUGCUGGGGGAGUUGUGCUGAUUAACUAUUGGACAGGAGUAGUUUCUCAUUCACUGGUAGGAUAAAGACUGGUCCAACUAUUCUUGUGGGAAGUGAAACAAAUGACCGAGGCUAGCAUAAGAUCAGUCACUAGUAAAGUAUUUACCUGCGUAUCAGAAUGUCCAUGUGUCAAGAUUUAACUAGAAAACAUUUUUUGCAUUUUAAUCCUAUUUCUCAUACUUUUUCCCUGUUUUAAAUUGCAUGUCUAAUGAGUGUCACAAAUUCAUAUGGGGGUGUAUGCAUAGGAAAAAGAUUGAAAUGAAAUUGGCCUGUCUACCACCAGACAACGAGACAAAACACAUUUUAAUACCAGGUGUCAAUUGGACAUUAAACACCUCAGCGGCAAGGCAUGAUGGUAAAAUGGUAAAUGGAGAAAUUAACUUUGCAUAACAUGUUUUAGUGGUUUAUUUUAUAAUAUUAAAGUUUAUAUAUAAUAUAUAUGGGUAUAAUA